CCCCCUCCCCAUCCCCUCAAGUCCGCGGCGGCAGCUGCGUCCAGAGCCCGGAGCCACAGCGGAACCGGAGCCGAGCGGGUGGCGGCGCCAUGGCGUGCGCGGGGCUGCUCACCGUGUGUCUGAUCCGGCCGCCGGCGACCGAGCCCCCGCGGCCCCCCGCGCCCGCCGCCGGGCUCGCCGGACACGCUCUCUUCCAAGAUGUUUUCCGCAGAGCAGACAAGAAUGAUGAUGGUAAGCUCUCAUUUGAAGAAUUCCAGAAUUACUUUGCUGAUGGGGUUCUCAGCCCCAGGGAGCUGCGGGAGCUGUUCAGCAGCAUUGAUGGGCAUCCCACUGACAAUUUGGAAACGGAGAAACUCUGCGACUACUUCUCAGAACACCUGGGUGUCUACCGGCCUGUGCUGGCUGCGCUGGAGUCGCUGAACUGUGCAGUGCUCGCUGCCAUGGACACCACCAAGCUGGAAUAUGAGCGGGCCUCCAAAGUGGACCAGUUUGUGACACGUUUCCUACUGCGGGAGACGGUGAGCCAGCUCCAAGCCCUGCAGAGCUCACUGGAGGGGGCGUCAGAUACCCUGGAGGCCCAGGCCCGUGGCCCAUGGUCAGAUGAAGAGAGGGCGGAGGUACAGAGCAGGCCCCGUGGCAGCCGGCGGGCAGGGCGCAGGGCCUUGCGGAGUGUUGGUCGGUCACCCACCUGGUCACCUGGUUUCUCUGACACAGGGCGGAGCUCAGAGGCCGAGAUGCAGUGGCGGCUCCAGAUCAACCGUCUCCAGGAGCUCAUCGACCAACUCGAGUGCAAGGCCCCCCGGCUGGAACCCCUGCAUGAAGAGGAGCUUCCCAAGGGGCCCAAUUCGCACAUCCUCGUGGCCCAGAGGCAGGUGCAGGUGGCAGAGGAAGCCCUGCAGGACUUCCACCAUGCCCUGUGCUGCUAUGUGGACUUCACAGGGGCCCAGAGCCAUUGCCUGCAUGUGUCUGCCCAGAAGACGCUGGACAAUGCCUCCUUCACGCUGUACGAGUUCUGGCAGGAUGAGGCCUCCUGGAGAAGGCACCAGCAGUCUGCCUGUAGCAAGGCCUUCCAGCGCAUCCUUAUUGACCACCUGCGGGCUCCAGACACCCUCACCACUGUGUUCUUCCCAGCCUCCUGGUGGAUUAUGAAUAAUAACUGAGCCUGAUCUGCAUAAGCCAAGGACCCUGGAGCCCUGCCUGCCUCCCUCUGGAGCUUCUGGACUGGUCAACUCAACUCUAGACCAAGGAUGCUGCGCCUCCUAUACCUGGGGCCUGGCUGGCAGAGGCCUCCCAGAGGCAGCUGGGGGAGAAUUUCUCAGCCCAGGGAUCAGAGAUGGCUGCUUGCUUUCUGUUUCUUUCUUUAACGGUGUAUUUUAUUGUUUGUAGCUUCAGCCUCUGAGGCACUCUGGCCUCCACCUGGCUCAGGAAGCCUGGAUUCUGGUCCCCUCUGUCCCUGCCUUGCCGUGUGACCCAGGGCAGGUCUCUUCCCUCUGAAUGGGCCUUGGGCCGAAUGGCUACCUAGUGGGUUCGUUUUCUUCUUGCUAUCUUGGGGCAGGCUCUUCGCCAAGCAGCAGGAGAACCAGGGCUGAUGCUCAGGGACUGUCCCCACCCCUGACCUUGACCCCUGAGGCUGGGCUGGAUGUCUUCAGUGUGGGGUACAGACCUGUGUGUCCCUGUCACCCUCCUGGGCUGGCAGGCUCCUGACUCUUCCAGUACCUACCUGCAGCUGCACCAGAGACUUCUGGAGGAUCCUGGGUUGGUUUGCAUGUCAUUUGCAUAUUAUUUGCAUGCUCAUGCCCACCCAUACUCAGGGCACUAUGGGAAGCCCCCAGGUGACCUUGCUAAGUAGCAAUAAUUUGGGCCCAGAGUCACCUGCUGCCCCUGGAUUACCUCUGAACCCCAGCCCAGAGGCAAUAAAGGCAGUGGUCACCUCUGG